AAUGUUUGGAGGCGAUAUGGUACUACCAAAAUGCCGCGGGAAACUCAGGAAGUUUCCCGUACCAGCAGAUAUAAAUUUCCCAGCUAUUCAACCUGCCAGAUAUGCCCAUAUUGGAAGAGAGCCUAACACUGAUCAGCAUGUUCGAAUGCAUCACUACAAGCAACGCAAAGACUCCUUUGACAAUCUGAAAGUGGAACGGGAAAAAUCUAAUGCUGCGAGCAAUGCUUUCGCUAUAAAAUACGAGAAGCAUGUUCAAAUGAAGCGUCUGCAGCGAGCCAUAAACGAUAGGGUUAAUGAAAAAUGA